AGAUAAACCAAAUGCGCAUAUUAAUAGAUUGAGCAUUACCUAUGCAUACUUAUGUUUUGAGUUUUUUUAUUUUUAUUAAAUUGUUUAUUUUUAGGCCAUUCUGGAUAUCUCCAAGCCAAUCUAUUGUUCUUUCUGUUUCAUCGUUGUUUGAUGAUUAUGCUCAGCAGGUUAGAGAUGAAAUAUUUAAAGCCGGUUUCCAAUGUGAUAUAGAGCUCGAUCCAGGACUGACGCUGAAUAAAAAGAUUCGCAAUGCCCAGCUGGCUCAAUAUAACUUUAUCUUUGUCAUAGGGGAACAAGAAAAGACAUCUGGCACCGUUAAUGUACGUACCAGAGAUAAUAAGGUCCAUGGAGAGUUUCAGAUAACAGAGGUAAUUGAACGUUUUAAGAAGUUACAGAGGGAGAGGAUAUUAAAUUCUGAAGAUUCCUUUUAAAAAUAUUCUCAUCAACAUUAAAAUUAAUCAGAUUAUAUGAAAUGUACAUGUUACAGUAUGUUUUGUUUUUAUUAUUAUUUUUUUUUAAUGAAAGUUAUUUAUGCACUUUUACUUGCAUCAGAUUGAGAUAAAAUUAUGAACAUUUAUUCUGAAAAUAUAUUAUGGUCCCAAAUAAAGACUUCCUGUAUUGGGAAAGUAAAUG